AUGGAUUAUGGAGUCCCCUGUGGUUCGUGGUGGGAUAAGGCUGUUUGGCUCUUUGGCUCGGGCGGUGCGCAUGUGCGGCCAGCCAUCGCCAACCCAUUCGUCUCCUCCAAGCGAAGCACCCGCGACUACCUGGCAAAGGCUUACACAGAGGCGAUCCGCAGUUGCGCUGACACCCUCCGAUGGCAGCACGUGCAUGUUCUCCUCGACGAGUUCACUACGGUGCGCGGCAAGCAGCUUGAUGUCAUCCUGGUUGCGGCGGCAAUCAAGGUGCUGGGGAAGGCACAGCAGUGGCGACAGGGCCUUGUUCUUCUCCAAGCCGCCACAGCACAGCGCUUGGCACACCAGGAGGUGGCUUACACCGCGGCCCAGGCCGCUUGCAGUCGGUCGGAGGCGUGGCAGCAAGCUCUGGCUCUCCUCCCAGAUUUCCUGUUCAACGUCGCCGACAAUGAUGGGAAGGACGCGGUCUACGCUGCAGCCAUUCGUGCUUGCGACGAGGGAAGCCAGUGGCAGGCAGCCGUCGACCUACUCACUCAGAUGAAGGACUGCACCCUCCAACCGAGCCUAGUGGCGCGCAACGCGGCGAUGAGAGCCUGCAGUUUGCGCUGGGAUGUGGUGCUCGAGUUCUUUGCCCGCUUGACGGAGGAGGAGCUGCGGCCGGACGAGGUCACCUUUGGGACGGCGAUCGCGGCGUGCAAGAAAGACGGCCAGUGGGCAUCGGCAUCCUUUCUGCUCUCUCAACUAGUUGAGCAGGGCCUGCCGGGCAACCACGACAUCAUAGCCUUCAACUCGGCCAUCUGCGCCUCUGGGCAGUGCGCAGAGUGGGAGCAGUCCCUGUCACUGUUAUCGCUCCUUCAGCGGAAGCGGCUCCGAGCCGACAUGGCCACCUGGAUCUCAGCAGCAACCUCCUGCGAGCGCGCGGACGCGUGGGCGGCUGCGAUUCAGUUGCUGGUAGCCAAGGAGGCCUGCCACUUCAAGAAGGACGCCAUCGUGUACAACACGCUGAUUGCUUCCUACGGCAAGGGUGAGCAUUGGCAGACCGCGCUGGCCAUGUUUGCGGAGAUGCAGGAACAGAACAUGCAGGUGUUCGUGAAUUGGUUGAAAAAAAGUGGUCAAGCCGAGGUGUUGCAUUGGCAGUCCGGCAUUUCUGGAUGUGGGUUGCUGAUGGCCCCUCUUUUCGUUUGA